AUGGCCCACUUGCCACCUCUCCAAGUCGACACCUUUGUUUCUCCUCCCACUAGAAUUAACACCGGCCUCUCAGACAUCAACAAGCAAUGGUGGCAGCCCGAAACCAGUACUCUAAUUCACGGCCCAAGUAAUGCAGUGCUCUGCGAUCCGCCAAUCACUAUUCAGAAGUGCACAAUUCUUGCAGACUGGAUAGACUCGAUCCUUGUUCUCUAUGCUACUUCAGCCCGUCCAAAGAAAACUCUUCAAUUCAUUUUCAUCACCCAUGCACACGGAGACCAUUUCUUUGGCGCGCCUAUACUCCAAGCGCGCUUUCCUGGAGUGAAAAUUAUUGCCACCGCGACAGUCGCUGCUGGGAUGCCCGAGCAAUAUACCCCAGAAAUGUACGAGAGUGUGUGGAAGGUUCUUUUCCCAGAUGGUCAGCUUUCCGAACAGCAAGUCUGCGCAACGGCGUUGCCGGCCAGCAACGAAUUCGUUCUCGACGGGCAUACCCUCAAGACCUACGAUGUAUCGGCAGACCACAAAGAAUCUAGUAUCCUGCAUGUUCCAAGCCUUGAUCUUGUGGUCUGUGGGGAUGUCGUCUACGGUGACUGCCAUCAAUACUUUGUUGAGGCAAACACACCUGAGAGACGUAGGCUCUGGCUCGAUGCGCUUGAUGUCGUAGACAGCCUCAAUCCCAAGAUCUUGGUUGCUUCUCAUAAGCGCGCAAGCCAGAUUGAUGGCGCAUAUCUCGUGGCCGCGACCAGAAAAUACAUUAUCGAUUUUGAGACUCUCGCAGCGGAAAACGAGGCUGGUGCCUGGCAAACUCUGUACCAAAGGAUCAAAGAAGCCUAUCCUCAACGUUGGAACGAUUUUUUACUAGAGGCAAGUUGCAAGGCGUACUUUUCUAUUGAUCCAUUUGGUGAAACCGAGGCAACUUAA